GGAGCGGCCCCGGAGCGGAGCGGACCGUGCGCCCGGCGCUGCCCCGCACCGCGCCACAGGGAGGGGCCGCGCCCAUGGAGGCAUUCCCGGGCGCCAAGCUGGAGCAGCACCGGCACCUCCCGCCCGUGGAGUGCCUGCCGGGCGCCCGCUACGGCGCGCCCCCCCCCCCCGGCCGGAGCCACAGCGCCUGUGGGAACGUCUUCAACUCCUGGAACGACUACCUGGGGCUGGCCACGCUCAUCACCAAGGCCGUGCGGCCGGGCAAGGGCUUCGGCGCCGAGCCCCCCUCGGUGGUGGUGGCGGCCGCCGUGCCGCCGGCCGAGGAGGAGGAGGAAGAGGAGGAGGAGGAGGAAGAGGCGGCGGGGCCGUACUUCGAGGGCGCGCUGGACUUGCACGACCUGGAGCUGUGCGGGCAUCACCAUCACCACCAUCACCACCACGGCGAGGGGCUGCUGGAGGAGCGCUUCGCCGAGUUCAGCCCGUUCCCCGGGCGCGGCGGCCCCGCCGCCGUGGUGCUGGACUGCUCGGGGGAGCUGCCGGGCCGGGAGGGCUCUGCCCACGCCUGGGGCGGGCUGGUGGUGGCGGGGCGGCUGCCGGCGCACCCGCGCCCCGCCUCCCGCCUGCUCAAGCCCGAGCUGCAGGUCUGCGUCUUCUGCCGGAACAACAAGGAGGCGGUGGCUCUCUACACCACGCACAUCCUCAAAGGACCCGACGGCCGCGUCCUGUGCCCGGUGCUGCGGCGCUACACCUGCCCCCUGUGCGGCGCCAGCGGGGACAAUGCCCACACCAUCAAGUACUGCCCGCUCUCCAAAGUGCCGGCGGCCCGGCAGCUCCGGCACGCCCGGACCGCGCUGGGCAGGAAGGGUCGCUAGCCCGGGACCCCCGGGACUCG